UACCAAUACGCGUUCCUUUGGCGGCCGCUGAGGAGAGGCGAGCCGAGACGACUCACCGGCGCCGGCUGGCUGGAUCGCUGAGGUUAUUCUUGCAUGCAGUUGGAGCAAAUCUGAAUUGGCCGGCUUACGACUCCCUCCAUCGACCAACAAGAUGAGUUUCGGAGUCGAUGCUUCCGAGGACCUGCAACUGCCCGCUAGUGCUAGCGGAACCGACGCGACCACCCUGAGCGCGCAAGUUGACGGCCACGACGCCAGGGUGGUCAUCAAGCAGAGCGUGGCGGCCGUGCCGGUCCGGCAGGGGUGGCAGACCGGCCUGUUCGACUGCGAAGACGACGGCUGCGACGCAUUUUGCUGCAGCGUGUGGUUCCCCUGCGUGGCGUUCGCCCGCGUCGCCGACAUCGUCGACCAGGGCUCGGAAGGCCGGUGCGUGCACUUCACCUGCUACCUCGGCGCGGCCUCCCUCGGGCUGCGGUGGGUGUACACGGGGUGGUACCGGCGCAAGCUGCGGGAGCAGUACGGCCUGCAGGAGACGCCGCUGCCGGACCGCCUCACCCACCUGCUCUGCCACCGGUGCGCCCUCGCCCAGGAGUACAGGGAGCUCGCCAGGCGGGGGUUCGACGUCGACCAGGCUUUUGCGUGCGUGCAGGCUGGGAGGGCCGGCCGCGGCCGGCGGUUGCACCGGCGGCGACCUCCGUGCCCCGGGUCCAGGUGCCGAUGACCAGGUUAUGAUCGACCGGUCCAUCCAUCCAUCCAUCCAGCGCAAUGUCGAACCAACGAGCUACUGUCAACUCCGUCCUCCCAGUUUAGUGAAGCACUAGUGCCUGAAAUUAAUAACCCGGUUUGCUGCAUGUGGCGAGUAGCUUGUAGUAUGUGCGAUGUGGCAUUGUCUGUAAUGCGUGUAACUUAAUUAUGUGUUGUUAAUGUAGUACUCAUGAUGAGAACGCAGUUCCUUUUCAUGUUCCCUGCCACGGACAGUCCUGUUUAGGUUUCUGAUUAUUGGACAGGGAGGUGCAUGAUUGUUCUUGUCGAUUAUUACCUGUCUCA